AUGUCGCCUGAGCGCUCGGAUCGAGACUCUAUUGUUUCGCCAGGGGGCCAGCAAAACAUUCAUGACAUCACGGCAACCAACGGAUCGUAUCUGUUCGCAGGCAAUGUCAGAAACGUCAGCUUUUCACAACCAAGACGGGCCGCUCCCAAUCUUGAGGAUGUCAUCAAGAAGUGUCGGGAUGUUCUGUUCGUGAGCCAUCUUGAUGCCGAUAGGGCCAGUAUCGCAGAGGCGAAGGGCCAAAGAGCCCCUGGAACCUGCGAGUGGAUUCUAGAGAACCCCGACUUUCAAGCAUGGCUCGAUAAGAAGUCUCCGAUCUUCUGGAUAUAUGGUGGCCCGGGUACAGGCAAAACUGUCAUGUCACUCUUUCUCGCGGAGCAAAUUGAGAAAAUGUGCCAGGGCACAGACGGUCACUUGAUAUUUUAUUUCUGCCGAUUCCAACACGAAUAUUAUAACAAGCCCAUUAACCUUCUUCGAAGCCUAUCAUAUCAGCUGCUCAACUUCAGCACCGAUAUAUCUAGGAUUCAGGAGGUCCUGAGUUACUUGGACACACCAGGGAAAGCAAAGAAUGCCAUGUGCAGUCUGGAAUGCCAGUGGAGGAUAUUGGAAAUCCUUCUAUCGCAGUCUGGUCUUUCUACAGUCUAUUGCAUUAUCGACGGGAUCGACGAGUGUGAGCUUUCUGAUGUCUUGGUCAGCAAGUUCCGCGACUACUGUACCCUACCCAUUGGUCGCAACGGACCUCUUAAGGUGGCACUUGUAGGACGAGAUGUUGAUAUACUCGGAAACCGGAUCCUCGCCUCAAGCUCUGAACCGUCUCGCGACUCCACUCCAGGGACUACAUCUGAGGGAGCAGAAGCAUGCCAAGUAUUCCCUGGUAUCAAGCUCGAUCCAGAUUAUCACGGACGUAUCAAUGAUGAUAUCGCGAGAUUCAUCCCGUGGAGUCUGGAACAUCUACAAAGAAUACAAGGUUUUGCGGCUAUCCGUCCUCAGAUCGAACAACAUCUGCUCGACAGAGCAGAGGGCGCCUUUUUAUGGGUUGCUUUCGUCGUCCAUGAGCUGUCUAAAAAGAGAACUUGCCUUCAGAUUAUCGAGACGGUUCAGGACAUACCAGUAGGAUUACAUCCGAUAUUCAGUAGGAUGCUGCGCCACAUCGACAUCAAAUACCACCACAUCAGUGCGAGGAUCCUUAGGUGGAUUGCAAUUGCAGCGCGGCCUCUGACCCUUCAAGAGUUGGCUUGCGCUAUCGAAACUAGUGUUGAAGGUAUGGCAGAUAUGGUAGCCAUCUGUCAACCACUUCUCAAAAUUAGCGAUGGCCGAGUAUUAUUUAUUCAUCAAUCCGCCGAGGAAUAUCUCUUGAGAGAGCAGCCGGAUGAAGACCCUGUCGCCGAGGGCUUUCGUCUAGAGCCAAGGGAGUGCCAUGCUGAGAUUGCGCAUAAGUGUUUGCAAAUUCUUGAGCAUAGCUCCUUGCGCCAUAAGCGAAGCAACAAAAUCCUCAAAUACAUUUUAGGCGACCAUAUGCAACCUGAAGAAACUCACCCGGAGUGCGAGCUUUUCGAGUACGCGAGUGUCUAUUGUAUGCGGCAUGCAAGACUGGCAUCGAAUGCAGGAUACUUGUUCGACUUUAGCAGGCCGUUUUUUGCGAGAACUUCUUAUGUACGGGAAAACUGGGCUGAUGAAGAGGAUGCACCGUCGAGUCGACUGCGUCUGGCGGCUUAUAUUGGAUUUAUGCCAUGGCUCCAAGCGCUCCAGGAAGAAGGAGGCGGUUUACCUUUCUAUGGGACCCUACGGUGGUGGACAUAG